AUGAGUGGCCAGUCAGGAGUGCAGCGUUCGCAAUUAGGUCGCCGAGGGGAAGCAGCGAGGGCGGAACUGCGGAAGCAGCUGCCAGUGAGCACCGCCGGAAUGGAGUCUACGGAAGCUAUCGAUGUGGAGGAAACCGCGCCCCGGCAUGCCGUGCUGGAGUCUGCACUUGUGAAGAAUCUCAAGAAACAAAUCACGUGCCUUGAGAUGGAGGUUGCUGUGCUGAAGGGUACGUUUAAGAAGGAGGCGGAGUUGACCGGCGCUGCCACAGGCGAUACGAGAGCUGCUGAGGCGCCACGAGACGUGGGCUUCGCGCCCGCAGAUACGGUGCCCUCCGCCACCCACGCGCGCGUGCACCCUUCCACGUUGUGGGUCGACGGCAGUGAAAAGGAGGCGCUGCGACGGGAGUCCCCCUAUAGCGCGAAUGCGGAAUCGCUUCGAGCCACCGCCCAGCGCCUCCUCCACGAUAAUGAGGCACUAGAGGUGCGACUGCAGUGCGAGCAGCAGGAGAGGCAAAAAUUGUCUAUGGAAAACGACAGUUUGCUUUUGGCUCUUCGUGAAAGCUGUAGCAACGCGGAGGAGACCCAUAGACGCCUUCGCGAGGCGCUGGGUGCACUCAACACAGAGCAGAAGAAACGCCGAGAAAUGGAAGACAAACUGCGAGUCUUUGCAGGAUCGCUCCUCGCAGAGGAGGACGCAGAAUGCAGAGAGGAUGUUUUUAGUGAAAAGGAAUACUACCGCGUCCAGACUGAUCGGCUGCGGGUUGCCCAGCAGGACAGCCUUGCCCGCAUUGAGAAACUGGAGAAACAGCUGAAAACAGAACGGACUCAGGCGGCGGAGGUAGAGUCGCGAUUGUGCGCCGCGCUGGAGGAAGUCCGGCGGCUGAGUGGUUUAGCUUCGGAGAAGACCGGUGUGUACGAAAGCUUGGAUAAAGGCUGCACGGGAAUGUGCGCAAUCUUGCAAAUGGCUGUGGAUGACUGCGACAGACUUCAACAUCAACUACGGCAGUGUCAGUCAGAUGUGUUCUCGCCUGCCUCAUCGGUUUCUAUUGAUGAAACCUUGCGUGGGCUAGAGCAGAUAUCCUUCACCUUGAAGAAAGAGGCUGUGGAUAAAGUGAGCCAUGAGGACGGUGGAAAGGCGUCAAAAGAACUUUCUCUGGGCAGCGCUGAUAAAGCAACUGAGGAGGCGGCGUUCCCUCCCCCACCUGCGGCUACUGUGCCGCCCCCACCCGAAGCUACUGUACCGCCCCCACCCGAAGCUACUGUACCGCCCCCACCCGCAGCUACUGUACCGCCCCCACCUGCAGCUACUGUCUCAACGUUGGUGGUCGCUAUUGAGCCAGCCAAAGUACAAGAAAUCCCUUUGCAUAAUACAAUAGAUGAUGAGUUGGAGGCCAUUGAACGUAGAAUCCGAGAGGAAGAAGCAUCAUUGCUUGCCUACCUCAACAUCCGGUAG